AUGCAAUAUGGAUUUCCAGCAGAUGAAGUAAGACCAAAUACUUGUGAGCCAUAUGGUCCUGAUUACAAAAAUAUCUAUAACGUGGUAAGAAAUGAUGCAUUGGGUAAUACUUCUCUGACGAUUCUAGACAAUUUAGAUACGUUAAUGAUAAUGGAAGAAUGGGAUGAACUAGAAAAGGCAUUGAAAUACCUUAAAUCUGAAGAGAAGACCUUGUUUAAUAAAGAUACAAUAGUACAAGUCUUCGAAACUACUAUUCGGUCGUUAGGUGGGCUUUUAUCAACACAUUUAUUAUUGACAGAUGUGACGAACAAUCUGGAGUUGCCAUUGAAAUACAAACGGUUUAAAAAAAUAUCCGACAACUAUGACGGAUUUUUGUUGAAUAUGGCUUAUGAUUUGGGUCUUAAAUUACUUCCAGCCUUCAAGACAUCUACAGAAAUUCCAGUUCCUCGAGUUAAUUUGGCAAAAGGGGUCUUGAAAGUUCCAUCAGCUCUUCAAAAAGAAACUUGUACAUCUGGCGCAGCAUCACCGGUUCUUGAAUUUACGCUUCUUUCAAAGCUUUCAGGAGAUCCUCAGUUUGAAUAUUAUUCACAGUUGACAUUUUGGAAGCUCUGGUCUUCUAGACUGCGUCUUGAUUUGAUGCCUAUGACAAUAGACCCAAUUGCAAAUCAAUGGAAGGAUCAAAUCACAGGAAUAGGUGCUUCAGUUGAUUCAUUUUAUGAGUAUGCAGCUAAGGCAUCUAUAUUAUUCAAUGAUGAUUACAUGUGGCAUGUAUUCAAGACAUCAUAUAAAGCAUUAUUAACACACCUGGUCCAAGGUGGCGGGAAUAACGAGGGUGCGAUGAUCUUUGGUAAUGUGGGAGUUAAUGACGGUUCAUUGGCUUCUAUAUGGGUAGAUCUGCUUGGAGCGUUUUGGUCAGGCUUACAAGUAUUGACUGGGCAAUUGCAAGAUGCUGUUAAAACCCACUUAGUAUACUUAAAGUUAUGGGAUCAUUUUGACCUGAUCCCUGAAAGAUGGAAUUUUUUACUAACUAAAUCUCAAUAUGAGAAAGAUGAAUCUGAAGCGAUAAUGCUUGAAUGGUAUCCAUUGAGGCCUGAGUUUAUCGAGUCUACAUACUAUUUGUAUAGAGCGACUAGAGACCCUAUGUAUUUACAAAUCGGAGCUAGAGUGCUUGAAUUGUUAAAAACCAAAUACAAGGCUGCUUGUGGAUUUCGUGGACUACAAGAUAUACGAACCGGCAAAUUUCAGAAUAGGAUGGAAACUUUUGUUAUGAGUGAAACAUUGAAAUAUUUGAUGUUAUUAUUUGAUGCUGACAAUGAAAUUUUUCUUCAUACAAGCAUGAUGAGCAAUAAGAAUUGGAUUUUUUCAACAGAAGCUCAUCCCAUGUGGUUUGAUAAGAGAUUAGAUCCAUACAACUUCACACAUUCUAAAUCUGCAGAUAAACAAGCUACGAAGGUAUUGAAAAACCUGGUAUUUGCGAAGAUGAAGUCAAAAUUUAGUAGAAGCAAGCGGAAAUUAACUACGGCGGAUGAAAAAACGUUCUAUCGAAACAUUACAGCACCUAGAAUCAUCAAAUAUGAUGUACCAGGAAUAAGGGAACAUGAAAAUAUAGAAAAGGUCGAUCCUUUGGAAGCUAAGUUCGAUAAAUGUGAAGUGAGCGUAUUUAGUGAAAAACCUUCGAUGUUGACAGUAUCUGGGUAUUACAAAUGGAACUCUUUCUUCUAUCCAGAUCAUGCUUUCAAAUACUCUCUAAUAAAGCCAUCAUAUAUUCUGAGUUCGGCUCUUGAUGGAAGCUGUAUAGAAUUAACACCGUCGUUCUUCAAAAACUUUGGGUUGUCAUGUCCCGAUAAUACUACCGCAUACCACCGCCAGUGUCCUAGAGCGUCUACCACGACAUAUCUUGAAUUAUUCUUGGGAGAUAUAGAGAAGGCCCAAAGUGUCGAGAUAUCAAGAUUAAAAUGUAACGGAACGCAUUCUUCAGUGGGUCUGCCGCUUCAAGAAGGCGAUUUGUGGGUUCCUGAAUUUUCUGGGCUUAGAGUAAAGCUAGAGAAGUUAUCGUCUGGCUUGGUUGACUCUCAAAAUCGCCUAAUAACCGACACAUUCAUACAGUCAAUAAGAGUUGACGAUUACAAUGCUGAAAUAGGAAUGUCUGCCGUGAAUCAAACGGUUUCUAAUACAAAAAACGUUCUGUUAGUACUCAGAAUCAAUAAAAUCAACGGCAUUCCCGUUGAACCCGGUCAGGUUGUAUGGACGUUACCGUUUGAAUCUAGCGGGCCAGUGAGUGAGUCAUCAAUUGGCGUUGCAAGUGACAGCCGAGUAGUAUUACAGGGCAAUGUCGUAGAAAACCUAAAGGUUUGGUAUGGUUGA